AUGGUUGCUCCACUUAAUCUAGAAGAAGGUCAAUCUUCAACCAUACCUCCUCGUUUCAAUGGACAUUUCUACAGUUGGUGGAAAGUUAGAAUGCAUGAUUUCCUCAUGGCUGAACACAGUGAACUAUGGGAUAUCGUACUUGAUGGACCGUUUAUUCCGAUGAUAGAAGAAAAGGAUGGAGAGAAAACUAGGCUUGUUCCAAAUCCUAGACAAAAAUAUGAUGAAGCUGACAGGAAGAAGAUAGAAAAGGGCUACAAGGCAAAAACUCUUCUUGUCUGUGGGAUAGGGCCUGAUGAGUUCAAUCAUGUCUCAGCCUGUGAGUCUGCAAAGAAAAUCUGGGACUGUUUAAAAACUGCUCAUGAAGGAUUUGAACAAGUCAAAGAAUCAAAGAUAGAUAUGCUCACCUCUUUGUAUGAAAACUUCAAGAUGAAAGAAGGAGAAACCAUUCAUGAGAUGUUUAAAAAAUUGUCCUCUAUUACCAAUGAGUUGAGAAGUCUUGGGGAACCUAUUAGUAUGAGCAAGCAAGUCAGGAUAGUGCUUCAAAUUCUUCCAAAGUCCUGGGAAAGCAAGGUUGAUGCCAUCACUGAAGCUAAAGAUCUGAAGGUGCUGACAAUGGAUGCUCUCAUUGGAAAUCUGAAGACUCAUAAGAUGAAUCGAAAUCAUGAUUUGUCAAAGAAAGAAGUCAAAAAGGAUAAGUCCUUGAUGCUAAAAUACAAAUCUGAUGAAGACUCCAGUGAUGAUGAUAUGGCUUAUCUUAUCAAUAGAUUUCAAAAAAUUGUGAAAAAGAACAAAGGUUUUAGAAGAGGAACAAAUGGUCCUCGAACUGCUACUCAAAAUGAUACUUGCUACAAGUGUGGAAAAGCUGAGCACUUUAUUAGAGAGUGUACUUUACUCAAAAGUGAAAAUAAGGAAUAUCAAAAACCAAGAAGUGAAAAAGAGAAGAGAAGGGACCUGGUACUUAGUAAAAAUGAUCGCAAAGCUGCUGCUGACUAUGUGGUCAAAAAGGCUCUUGCUGCAUGGGGAGACUCUUCAAGUGACUCAGAAGAUCUUGAUGAACCAAAUGACGUGUCUAUGGUGGUGGUUCAUGAAGAGGAAACCAUAUUCAAUGAAAUUUUAAGAACAUUAGCAAAUGUUAUGAUUGAUUCAGUAAGUGAGUUGACCUCUGAAAGAGACAUUAUGAAUGUUGAACUAGACAGUUUAACUGAAAACAAGGUUAAAUUGGAGGAGAAAAUGUUGAAAAUGGAAGAUAAAAUGAUGUCUCUAGAGUCAAACAACACUGUACUUAAAAAACAGUUGACUGAGAAAAAUGAAGAAGCUGAAAAUCUAAAUGGAAGGUCAAAUGAAAAAUCUGGGAUUGGCUGUGGAGAAGAGCAACAACUUAAGGAAGAACUUGAAAAAUCUCUUAAGUGGACAAAAUCCUCUAAGUUGCUAUCAAGUGCAACAAAUCAGAGUAAUUUCAAUAAGAAAGGUCUAGGAAGUUUGAAUAUCACUCCUCCCUUUAAUCCUUACAGUAAGUAUGUGUUUGUGUCUGACAAUCUGCUGUGUCUUCAUUGUGGUAAAAAUGGGCAUCUAAAGGGAGAGUGUACUGGGUGGAGACAAUCUCAUGAAAGAUUCUCUAAUUAUACUGAAAGGCAAAGAGUAUCAAAAGAGAGACCUGGUCCCCCAAAACAUGUUUCAACUGAUAGAUUUUCAAAGAAAAAAUCUGUUUCUGCUCCAAAGUCUUUUGUUAGAAAGAUUCAAAAACUGCCCUGUUGGACUAGAUACAAUCUGAUCACUCCCUGGUCUGCUUUCUGGGAACUCAAAUUGAAAUGGGUUCCCAAGCUUAACAAGUGA